CGUGUUUUUCGGAUGUGUUUGUGUUUACUGCUUUGUACCGUGGAGCUGCCGGUCCGAUAGGAUCCAUGUGUUAGGAGGACAUCACGUCUUUGACGCUGGUGGAUAUGUGAUCAGAGAUAUUCAGGACCAAACACGCGCCUGGGACCAUGUCUCGAUGUCUCCACGCCCUCAGCCUGCUGUCCAGAGUCUCCUCUGUCUCGGCGUCUCCCUCGUUGUCUGCGAGCAGCUGCAGAUUUGCGAGCAGAGGUGUCAGCAGGACUUGGAGGGAACCGGUACGGCCCGGUGAUCGGUUCGGCUCUCACGGCCAGCAGCUGCCUGAUGGAGCGGACGAGCUGGAGGAGAUGGACGACAAGAUCCAGGCCCUGGCGGAUGCAGAGAGUAAAAGGCAGAAGGCAGUCAAAUACCACAUGAUCAGGAGGAAGAUGACCCCAUCAGGACCUCCGCAGAGGAAGUUAACCUGGGAUGCUAUGGAGCAGAUACGGUAUCUGAAGCAGGAGCAGCCAGAGGAGUGGACUGUAGAGCGGCUGGCCGAAGGCUUCUCUGUCCCCCCUGAAGUCAUCCGGAGAGUCCUGAGGACUAAGUUCGUCCCUUUGCCAGAGAGAAGACAGAAGCAAGACGCUCGAGUCAUGUCAGCGGCCGGCCUGCAGGCGCUGCCUUCGGGCGCAGGGCCGCGGCGGGACAGGCUCACACUGCCUGGGAGCCGCGCUCCAGCCAUGCUUCCCUCCGGAGGUCCAGACGGCGCUCUGCUCGCCGUGGUCGGAGCUGACGGCUCAGGAUCGCCCCCUCACGGUGUCGUCCCAGUUGCUGCUUUACCCGCUCAGCGUCCAGCGGCGGUCGGUACAGAUGCCUCGACGGCGAGGUCCACAGAAGACAGCAGCGUGAAAGACACUGUGGAGGAGGAAGAGGAGGAGGAGGAGGAGGAGGAGGAGGAGGACAGCUGGGAUGGACAAGUGUUGACAGAGCAGGACCUGGAGGAGCUCAUGCAAACAGAAAAACCUUCUCCGGUGAAGCAAGUUGGGAAGGAUUUCCUUGAUGCAGAAGGCAACUUUUUAUACCGACUCUGAGGAGUUCCAGUUCGAGUUUUGACAUUGUUUCAUAUUUAUGAGGGUUUCAGUGUAAAUUCUAACAUGAAGAUAAUAAAUGUUUUGAGAAAAAGCAACUGUUGUUCAUGCUUGUGUAAUAGAACUUCCUCAUUAUUUCAAUUUGUUCAUUUAGCUUCACCCCUUUCAUCCUAUGAUCGUCACACACUUCAGCCAACUUGGAGUCUGUGGACGAAGGGCGGACACACACCGGACAGGUCAUCCGUCCAUCACAGGGAAAACACACACACUCACACCUACAGGAUAUUUAUAGCAGGGGUGUCAAUAAAUAAAUACCGUGGGCAAAAGACAAGAGGCUCCAAUCCAAAACCCUACCAAGCAAAUUGUAAAAAGUUCAAAGAAAGGGAUGUGUGAGUUUGAUGCAUGAUGCAGCUGCUUUUAUUUUUAUUUGUGUGACAUUUACUGUAUUUUGCAU